CUGGUAAUACAUAGUAAUCAGUGUUUAGCUAGUGUCUCCUCACAUCGAACAGAUCCAAACGCAUGUUGAGUUGUUUCACUUGUGACAAAUAUCGAAGAGUCUGUUGGGAGAUUUCUUGUCUGUAUGCUACUCUCUGAACGAUUUCUACUAGCUUAGCUGUAUGCAGACACUGUAAGACAUCUGCAUGGUGCAGAUUUGCUAAGGUUUCGUGCGGACUCGAGAAUGGCUGUAGGGCUGUUCCAGUCGUAAAUAUUUCGAACGAGUCCUUGGUUAAUGUAUUUGUUGCAAUGAAGAAAAGACCGAAUUUAACGAUUGCUUGCCAAGCAUCGGCAGCUCCUCCACCACCCCAACCGACCGACGAAAAUACUAUAGAUUUGCAAAAGGUAGAAGAUGUCCGUAAGAAACUAGAUGACUUGGGGCUGCAUGGAUUACAGCGCAAGAGAAUCGAAGAGUUUUUAAAUGAAAAGAUGAAAAUAGGAGAACUUUAUAACGAUGAUUUCGAAAAGAUUGACGAGCUUGGAGCAGGGAAUGGCGGUGUAGUCACAAAGGUCUUGCAUAAACCUAGUGGCCUUAUUAUGGCUAGAAAAUUGAUUCACUUGGAAAUCAAGCCAGCAAUACGAAACCAAAUUAUCAGAGAGCUUAAGGUCUUGCAUGAAUGUAAUUCUCCUUACAUUGUUGGCUUUUAUGGAGCUUUUUACAGCGAUGGUGAAAUUUCUAUCUGUAUGGAGCACAUGGAUGGAGGGUCUCUAGACCAAAUCUUGAAGAAAGCUGGUAGAAUUGAGGAGGAAAUUUUGGGAAAAAUUAGUAUUGCAGUGCUUAAAGGUCUUAAUUACCUCCGUGAAAUCCACCAGAUUAUUCACCGCGAUGUUAAACCAUCUAAUAUACUUGUUAACACAAGAGGUGAAAUUAAAAUGUGUGACUUUGGUGUAAGUGGUCAACUUAUUGACUCAAUGGCCAAUUCUUUUGUGGGUACCAGAUCAUACAUGUCGCCUGAGCGACUACAAGGCUCCAACUACUCAGUGCUUUCAGAUAUCUGGAGUUUUGGGCUUUCUCUUGUUGAAAUGGGCAUUGGUAGAUAUCCUAUACCUCCACCAGAUCCCAAAGAAAUAGAUAAGUUGUUUAGUAUGGAUCCUCGUAGUAUAGCAUCGUCAUCAAAUAUGACUUCUAAUCGAUUACCUCCUGGCGUAAGGCCACCUAGUGGAGCAAAUGAUGGAGUAAGGCCUAUGGCCAUAUUUGAACUGUUGGAUUACAUCGUUAAUGAGCCUCCGCCAAGACUACCAACACAAUACUUCUCUGAACAAUUCUGUGAAUUUGUUCACAAAUGUCUUGUUAAGAAUCCAAAAGAGAGAGCAGACCUGAAAUAUCUGAUGAGCCAUCCAUUUAUCAAGAAAGCAGAAGAACAAACUGUGGACUUUGCUAGUUAUGUGUCUAGUUUUGAAUCAUCUUCCAAUUCCCAGUGAUAAAGCUGGUCGAAACACAUUCCAUUAUCUAACAGGUCAUUUGAUAAGCAUUUCAAAUUUUCAACCGUAUCAAAGAACAUCUCUUUUUUUCUGAGUCAAAAUAAUUAUCAUGUCUGCAUUCUUACAAUGUAAUUACUAUUUGAAAAAAGGAUUUGUUAAUGUGAAUUUGGAACAUAAAAGGACUAAUAAUUGUUGGGUAUGGGCUGGUACAACUUGUGUGUCAGGUCUAUAAUGACAAGGUUCAUUGUGUCAGUUGUUAUUGAUAAAUAACAAACCUGAUUUGAGUGUUGUAUAUCUUUGUAAAACUCAGACAUAAAGGGGUAAGUGCUCUACUACCAAGGCUAAUAAUAAUUGUUGGUCAGUUGUCAGUCCCUUUUCUUGUUCGGUAAAUACCACUGUGUGUUAUGACAAAGACUCAUCUGCAUAGGCUUAGCCUUACUUAAGGUGGCUGGACCCCCUCACGCUUGACCGCUACCUUCCACAUUUGGAACGCUGGUGCAUACAUGUGUUUUAUUCGAUUGAAUUAAUGCUUGAUGCAGUUUUUAACGAGAUCGGACGUCAUAACACGUGAUUAUGAUGAAAUAUUUGUUUUCGUUUGGAGAACAAUUUUUGCCUUGCAGAGUGUUCAACACUAAAAUGCUUCAUACCACAUGAUUACAUACUAGAUGCCUCCAUUUGUAAGGAUUUUUGAACAAAUCUAUCUAGCUAAUAAUACCCAAAAUUGCGAGACUAUUGAACUCAUUUAAAAUGAUCUAAAGCCAACGAGAAAUACAGAAACAUUGCAGAUCGUUUCCCAAUGAUUUGAUGCUCUGGGAAUUCUAUUGUUUGCUAAUGAUCAUAACAUCAAAUUCUUUCCCACCAUGCACAGUCUCAUCUCGCUUGGCUUCUUUCCAAUUUACCCCGGAAGUAUGGUAAUAAACAGUUGUUUUUUUUAAUUCAAAUGUGGGAGGUAGCGGUCAAGCGUGAGGGGGUCCAGCCACCUUAAGAGCAAAACAUUUGUGAAAGUCAACUGUAAUGUAAAAAAUGUGCAGCUUGAACAACACAAAUGUUUUUUUAAUCUCACAGACUUUUAAUGGUACCUACUGUAUGAAUAGUUGUCUUAUAAAGGAGGCUAAGCCUUUGCAAAUGAAUCUGUGGUCUUCAAAAACAGUGGUAUGCAUCGAAUGAGAAACUGGUGUAUUCUAGCCAGAUAUCAUCCAAUGACAGACAUUUUUUAAGCCCUGCACUACAUUAAAGCUUUUAACUAAUUAGAAUAGGGAUAAUUUAGGUCUUCACCAGCACUUGCACUUGCCCCUUCAAUUGACAAGAGUUUAAUAUUAUAUAUAACUGUGUAAUUUUUAUAUUAUUUCUCUAGUGUUUAGGCAAUUAAUGCAACAGAUUUGGUGUUUGUGCAUAUUAGGUUAGACUUUUAAUUGCCAUUCCUGCUAGGCAUUCAAUUAUAUAUAUUACAUAAAAUGACCAGGGUUUUCAAUUGUCUCACUUUAUAUGUUACUUGACUUCGAUCCUUUAGCUGUGUGCAGGUUUAUCGUACAUGGACUUUACUGAAGCAGAUAUUGCAUAUCUGUAGGCUGUUUCAUUGUGGUAGUAUUAGAAGGACUAAUUUUUAUGUUGCUGAACAGUAACUUUGCUUAUUAAUAGCUGGUUUAAUGUGUCAAUUACUUGGAAGCCUCUUUUUAGAAAAUCUUUCAAGGACUUCACCAAAUAAAACAGCUAAUGCCAAUCUUCAA